AUGAGCGAAGGUGCCACGACCUCCUUCGAGAGCAUCCUUGCUGGGGUCCAACGGCUGAGGGAAGGCAAAGCUCAAGCCAAAGAUGUGCAAGUUCAGCCCCAGGCUGAAAGGAAACCCCCAGAGGUUAGGGAAACUCAAAAAAGGGAACUGAUAAUUAACGCUUUUAACCAAAGGAAGCAGGACUUUAACCGCAACGAGCCAUCGGAAGUCGAAGACCGCAAGAGAAAGUGGGGCAACGCUUCAGCUCAGGGCAAAACUGUCUUGGUAAGUUCCUCGCAGAGAGGAAACCCCCUUUUAAGCAGCAUGGCAAACACUAACUGGCGGUACGUUUCCUCUACAGGCGGAAACAAGGUCUACUACGACUAUUGUGUACAGGGGCGCAACAUUAUAUUUCUUUCUCUAAAGUAUCAUAAGCUACACCCGGAAUAUAUCUCAAAGAAGAUCCAGCCCCUCGUCAAAAAUAAAAACAAUAUCCUAAUUUGCGUAGUGGAUGUGGAAAAUUCCGAGAACAUUUUGAAAGAUCUCAACAAAGCUUGUAUGUUCAAUGGUUUCGCUUUGCUGCUAGCCUUCAAUUUCGAGCAAGCCGCCAAAUACAUUAUUUUCAUGAACAAGUGA